AUGGCUAACAGCAAAUUCGCAUAUGUAAAGCAGCUGGAGGAGGAGAGGAGGGUGUUACCCUACUGUUACUUCGUGGUGAGGAUAGACGGAGGAGGUUUCAAAGCGUUCACAAAGACACACAGAUACACAAAGCCAAAUGAUGUACGAGGACUGCAGCUAAUGAAUGCAUGUGCAAAGGAAGUGAUGCAGAAAUUUGACGAAGUCGAUUUAGCAUAUGGACAUUCAGACGAGUACAGCUUCCUUUUUCGGAAAAAAACCAAAGUGUGGAAUAGGAGACAUGACAAGAUUUUAACCAAUGUCGUUUCAUGUUUUUCAGCAUCCUUUCCUUUUCAUUGGAGGGAAUUCUUUCCUGAUCAGCAGCUACUAUACGUGCCAUGUUUCGAUGGCAGAGUUGUUAUAUUACCAACAGAAAGGGAAGCAAGGGAUUACUUCCGUUGGAGACAGGUCGAUUGUCACAUUAACACUCAGUACAACGAGUGCUUCUGGAAUCUUAUCAUUAGGGGUGGGUAUUCUCAUCAGGAGGCUUACAAUAUCUUGAUUACAACUCAGAAAAAGGACAAAAACGAGUUGCUGUUCUCUCGGUUUGGGAUCAACUACAAUGAGGUACCUGAGAUCUUCAGGCGGGGCUCCAUCUUAAUGCGGGCAGAACAAGGCUGCACAAAAGGGGGCCACGGCGGCGAAGAG